AUGCCGGGAAACGAAGUAGACCCUGCUGUCAAGCUGGCAGAUGAUUUCAAGAAAAGAGGGUACUUUGACGAGGCCAAAAACAACAUACUUUGCAAAGCCGUAGAAGGAUCCGAAAGUGUCACACUGGAAGACUUUGUGCGAGAUAGAGUGUCCACUGUAGUGAGCGAGAUGGUAAAGGAAGAUGAAUCGCUAAUUUUCAAAAACAGAGGCUCAACGAGCGCGUUGAUCGAGGGACAGCUUUUGAAGAACGACUAUGACAGACUUAGUACUGACUCAGUCGAUAUUCGCUCCCUAUUACAAAGGCAGCUUGAUAAUCCAGAAUUCAAAAACGACCUAAAAACCCGCCUGCGGCGUGAUUUGGAGACUGCUGACAGCCCGUUGGAAGAACAACAAAUAAGUAGGGAUGGCCUCGAAUAA